CUGCGUUCAUGACGAGGGUGAUCUGAAUGUGAAAGUUAAAACAUCCGUGUUUGCAUCUGCCAUUGGGCCAUUUUCUGCACGUUACAUGAGGUCAUUUUCUGCAUAUGUUACAUGUGAUCUCGAAAUGGACUCCCAGUCCACACUGUACUGAUGUUUUAGAGAUAACAUUAUUAACUACUAUGACUUCAAAGCCAGGCAGAUUAUAUGCAGUUCUCAGCUGCACUUUGGUAUAGUUCCCUCUCCAAAUGAAGUCUUGGAAAAAAUACAAAAUAUGCCACAGCACAAUGAAUUUGAAAGUGAUGUGUUGGAUGGACCAUGUGCUCUCAUCACUGAUCUCUGUACAAGACAAGGAUGUCCUCUUUAAGUGAUGUGUUAGAUGGACCAUGUGCUCUCAUCACUGAUCUCUGUACAAGACAAGGAUGUCCUCUUUAAGCAGAGCAGCAGAGUUAACUUGAACAUAUAAAUGCUUUGGUAUUCUGAAAAUGUUCUGUCAAUGUCCCAUCUCUACUGUAACGAGUGAUUAACAGACUACUGAAUGAAGAAAACUGGUAUAUUGCAGUCCCUUUACAAUCUUGUGUCGUUGUAAAAUGUUGUGGAAUCGACACAUAAAAUCUUCUGAGCGUUUGUUUUUUUUAUACCCACCAAGCAUUUACAGUAAACUACUAAACUAACUGAACUCGGAGAAAUGUCUCUCACUUAGCAUUUACAGUAAACUACUAAACUAACUGAACUCGGAGAAAGUAAACUGAAAUAAGAGAGCGAGCCUGACGGGGAGGGGAAAGAAGAGAACGGGAGGUGCUGUGCGCGCGAUAAAAGAGAAGGCAGUCAGAGGGCUGUCAGAAAUGCACGCGCGCUCUCAAAACUGCGUGCGAUCGAGAGCGUCCGUGCCUGAGCAUCCUGAAAACAGCUGCGCCUUUACUCACGGGCGGCGGACAAUCAACCAACGGAAAAAUGAACACAAAUGAUGCGAAGGAAUAUCUCUCCAAGCGACAAAUUCCCCAGCUGUUUGAGAGCAUGCUGACCGGUCUGAUGUUCCACCGACCGGACGACCCGCUGCACUUCCUGGAAGCCUGCCUGCAGAAGACACGAGAGCUGGGCGGGGUCGAGGGCGUGGCCUGGGACACCUUCAUCACGCCUGACCGCCGCCCACUGCCCCCCAUCAACGCCCCUCAAGCCAAGAAGGCUGCUGGGAAACUCGAGGGUGCCAGCGGGCCAGGACCAGGACCAGGACCAUAUCGACGGUAUGAACGUCUGCCACCCAUCCAGGCCCAGUUUUCCAUUGAGAGUGACUCGGACAUGACCGAGUCGUCCGGCCUAAUCCAGGAGUACGAUGUCUUUGACCCGGCCAAACCGCGGCCGCACAUCAUCUUCGUCAUCGGUGGCCCUGGCAGUGGGAAGGGUACUCAGACUCUGAAGAUGGCGACUCAUUAUGGCUUUGAGUGUGUGUCGGUGGGCGAAAUCCUCCGCACCCAGCUGCUCCACCACGCCACCACCGACAGGAAGUGGGAGCUCAUCGCACAGAUCAUCGCCAACGGAGAACUGGCACCACAGGAGACGACCAUUGAGGAGCUGAAACACCAGUUCAUAAAGAAGCAGGAUGUCAAGGGCUUCAUCGUGGAUGGCUUCCCACGGGAGAUCGCGCAGGCAUUCACCUUCGAGGAACAGAUCGGUUCGCCGGACCUGGUGAUUCUGCUGGCCUGCUCCAAUCAGCAGCUUCGUCAGCGGCUGGAGAAAAGGGCUGCCCAGCAGGGUCGCCCCGACGACAACACCCACGCCAUCGAGAAGCGCCUGGAGACGUUCAAGCACAACAUCACCCUCAUCGCCAAGUACUAUCAGGAGAGAAGCCUCAUCGUCAGGAUUGACGCAGAUCGCGGAGAGGAUGACAUCUUCACAGACAUCCGUGCUGUCGUACAAGAGAGACUCUUCCCUAAUGAUGAGGAGGCUGUAGGUCAGAGCUGAACAUGCUUGUGUGGGAGCAUCUGAACAGCAGCUUCCAGCAACCUCAUGAAGCUUCACCAGCAACCUCAUGAAGCUUCACCAUCAACCUCCAGACUUCCUUCUGUCUCCCGAACUUCACUUCUCUCUCUCUCUCUUUCUCUCUCUCUCUCUUCUUCUGUUUUUAAUAGCAUGACCUUUUAAGCCAUCUAAUCUUGCGGGCAGGGUUGUGCUCAACAGCAGGGUUGGGUGGGAUCAAGAGGAUGACUCAUUCUGCAUAUUCUUCCUGCUUAAGGGUGCUUUGUUUCGGUAUUGAAUGCUGGAGAGAAUGUGGAACUGACUCGGGCUUUAAUUAAAGACUAUCUUCACAU